AAUUUAGUUAUCUUAACUUGUGCGUUCGUUCAUUGGAUAGAUGUUGGUUGUCAAGAGCACGAGAUAAGAAAUAUUUUGUCUAAUAAACAUUGCCGUAGUGGACAAGACAAAGAGUGAAUAAAAUAUGGAAAAAUAUUUUGAAAAUAGAAGAAUUUUAGUGACCGGAGGAUGUUCAGGUAUUGGUCGUGGAGCUGUUGUAGAAUUGUGGAGGCGCGGGGCGAGUGUAGUGGCAUUGUCCAAUCAAGCUGAAGCUCUACAGAAGCUGAAACACGAAUACCCUUCAGUUGAUAUAGUGUCAGUUGAUCUCAGGGAUUGGGAUGAAACGAGAAAAGUGGUGGAUGCAUUGGGAGUAUUUAGCGGUCUCGUGAAUUGUGCAGGAUUUAUUCACAAUCAGUCUUUUUUUGAUUGUUUGCCUAAUGUAUUUGACGAAACAAUGCAGGUAAAUGUAAAGGCAAUUCUCAACAUAACCCAAGUUGUCGCGAAGAAAAUGGUUGAGAACAAAAUUAAAGGUUCAAUUGUCAACAUUUCAUCACAGGCAUCUAUGGCCGCCCUAAAAGAUCACAUAUCAUACUGUACGUCUAAAGGAGCUUUAGAUGCAAUGACUCGCGUCAUGGCAUUAGAACUUGGACCAUUCAAUAUCCGGGUCAACACGAUAAACCCAACGGUUGUUAUGACAGAGUUGGGGCGACGUGCAUGGGCCGAUCCUGAGAAAGCAAAUGCGAUGCUAUCCAAAAUACCACUCGGCAGGUUUGGCGAAGUAGAAGACGUGGUCAAUGCCAUCGUGUUUCUUCUAAGUGACAGCGCAAGUAUGAUCCAUGGUGUCCACCUGCCCGUGGACGGCGGAUUUCUGGCAACAUAAUAAAUAAAUAAAACCAA